AUGCACAAAGAGGCUAAACUAACUAAUAGAAAAAUAUUAGAGGAACUUCAGCUUAAAAAGCAGAUGCUGUUGAAGCAGGGAGCUGUGGCGCCUCUUACUGCCACUACUAUUUCCUUGGCUCAACCAAGUCCUGUUAGCCAGCUGCCUAUGUGCUCUAUUCCUCCCCUUUCUGCUACAGCUGGUUUUCCACAACUACCUGAAGCUAAUAUUGUAAAUACAAGUCAUAGAGCUGCUUUACAGCACGCAAACGCAACAUCUUGUGGUUACUUUGUUUCACAAGAUUCUUCUUUUGGUAACCAAAUACUACCAGUUCUACCGAGAUUCGAUAAUAAGUGA